CCUGCAGCAGCAGGGUCAACUUCGCUUUUCUUCCAGUCACAACUGAAACGGUGCGGUGUACACACGUCGGUCUCGUCGAAAUUUCACUUUCUACACGCACUCGCGGAACAUUUUUUCGGGUUUGUUGUUGCCGUGCGAUGGGCAUGAAGUAGUGUUAUGUGCUUUGUUUUUUGUUUAUUUUGUGUUUUGUGUUGACCGUUGCAGCAGGAUGGGGAGUUUGUUGGUGGCGAUUGCAUCGAUUUGCCUCGUUAAGUCUGCACAAGGUCAGGAGUACAUCAUCACCGGCCCGGCGGACACCCAAUACAUACCCAACUACCAGCAGAAUCAGAACGAUUUCAACCCCUUCCGACCCUCUUCGACGUUCCAACAGAUCGAUUCUUACCUCCCGCAGAAGGAUCUUCAAACUUCGGAUUUACCCUAUCACCUUCAACAAACUCUUCCUCAGUACCGAAUUACUACGAAAUCGCCGCCGCACUUCACGUUUCAUCCACAGUUCUUUCGCAGUUCGCAGCCUGCUCCUUUUAGACCACAAGACGCUGUAACGCCAUCCACCCAUCGUCCGAAUUAUUCCCACCUGUUUUCACACUCCCAUAACAGAAAUCCGUCGCAGACUGAGACUUUCCUAGGGGAGAUCACGCUCCAGAGCCCAGCAGAACUACCUCCGCGGUACGACGAAUUUAAACCGUCUUCGUUCAAUCCGACAAGUCAGUCGCAGGAGAGCGUCAACCAAAACCUAGACGUUACAGAAAAAUCCAACACCGUACAAAUCGGAGGAAGACCAAGAGCUAGUUUCUUGAACCAUCGAACUAGAAUUUUUGCUCCGGAUUCUACCAAGAAAGCGACUCAUGUCAAGGAUUACUUCGUUAAUAACAACGGCGAUGUGUUUAUUACCACCAAGACUCCGUUCGUGCCAAAACCCACAACUUCGACGAACCCUACAACCCCAGCAGAAAGGAAAAACCGGUUCAGUCCGAGCACGAAACCCACAAAUAAACCGCUUGCUUUUAACUUGAAACCCAACAAGAAACCUUUCGUACCGAAAAGUACCACCACGUCGAAAAACGGGUUAGAUUUGGAACCGCUGUUGGAAGAACCCAUUAAGAACCCUAGUGCUAAUUCUCACAACGACGAUUUAGUGGAAGUUGUCAAGUCGAAACCUACGGAAGCUCCGACGCACAACCAUGACGAAGUGACUGUGGACUACGACUACGAUACAACUCUAGAUCCGGAUUAUAUUCAAUCCGGGGAGCAACACGAAAUCGUUUCAAACAAUUCGAAGGAAACAGAAAAAGAAGAUUCCACAGAAACGCAGCUGCGUGUUCAAGAUCCAGUACAAGAGUCGAUCGAAGAAGUAGAUAGUCCGGAACUACCGAAACAACAAAACUCGGAAGAACAUCCCGAGAAAGAAGAGCUGGGUGUGGGUAACUCACAAGAACUGCAUCCCGAAGUGGAAGAUCAGCACGAUGAAGACGAACUUGCCCAGUCCGAAGAAAACAAAGCCGUGGAGUUUGAUUCGCAGGAAAAACAUCCCGAAGAACAAUUUGAUGAUUCUAAAGAGGUAGAUCACAGCGAGUCGCACGAAGAAAGUGAAGACUACGUCGGGUCUGAAGAGCACGAAGGAACGUCUGAGGAAGAAGCACCGAAAACUUCUGAAGAAAACAACGAUAUACGUGAUGAGGACUACGCUGCUAGUAACGAAGACGAAACCAAGGUAUCGAAUAAGACAUAUGAAAUUGUGACAACCAAACCAUCGACUAUGGUUAAAGACGACAAUUUUCAACAAUUCGUUGAUACUACGAUCAUUGACAAUAUUACAGAGGAGCCUGUAACUACAAUUCGCGCAGAAGCGUCUUCGCUUGUAGUAGAAAACAACAAAACUGACGAUAUUAUGGAUGCUCCGGAGGUCGUGGUGUCCGUAGUUACAACGAAAAGCGUUGUCAAUAAUACUAUUAUACCUUCUGUUACACCUCUGCCUACUGUAGCUACGGGAAUCGACGGUGAAAAUAGUACAGAUACGUGGGUAGUAGUGGCUUCAGUACAAACUAGUCGUAGUGUAUCAGGGGCGCGUUAUUUACCAUCACCGAACGUUGAACAAGAUCAAAGACUGAAGCUUCUAAACGAAGAAGAGGAAGAUGUUGAAACGACAACUGAAGAAAUAGCGACGACGACCUUACCACCGACUACUACGAAAACGAAAACGUCUACUGAAAGUCUUAUCGAUAAACUAGAUCGGGUGCAAUCGGACUUGUCGAGUAGUUUAUUAACAGGUGGGUUCAACAACGAAGGAAACAAUAUAGCGGUCAUAACUGAGAACAUGUCUGACAAAAUAGCUACAACUAUGUUGGAUGUAGGUAUCACGUCGCCUGAACCACCACUUUCGUCUAGUACCACGACGAAACCGUCUUUACCUGUCGUACAAAUUCGGAAAUUCUCACCAUUCGCUAGACCCUCGACAACGUCUCGGCCUAAGAAAACGUACGAAACCUUCAGACAGGAAGAUUUAUCAGGCUUGUUGCCGCCUGGUUUCAAACCGAAAUAUCAAAACAGAAAAACCACCACCACACAGUCUUCUAUUAAUUUAGAUAUUCCACAAGGCGAUGAACCCCCACGAGACGAAGUCAAAAAUUCAACCACAGGACGCUCGUCGGGAUUAUCAAACAACACCAAAAUAACUGUCCAGGACGUCACCGCUUUCCUCCCACCAGGUUACAAACCCGCUUCUAAAGAAAAAGACGACAGCUCGCGACUACUUGCAGAAAUCCUAGGCAAAGUCAAACAACCUAAAGCCGACGAAACGCAAAACAAAACUCUCUUUGAUAUUAUUAAAAACGACAACAUUGCUGCAUUUUUGCCACCUGGGUACAAACCAUCUAGUACCACUCCAAAGACCGAAAACACCUCCAUAGUUGACAAAGUUAUAAGCAAAGCCAAACCAGACGAUAUUUCCGCGUUCCUUCCACCAGGCUACAAACCUCCUGAAGACUCAAACAAAAAAGAUAAAUCAGUGAAAGUCGCUAAACAGGAUGACAUUUCGUCGUUUUUGCCACCUGGUUACAAGUCUUUCAAAACGUCAACCACUGAGAAGACGAAAUCAGUGGAGAGUUUAUUAGCGAAAGCGAAACCCGUAGACGAUAUAAGCGCGUUACUGCCACCAGGUUUUAAACCCAGCGGCCCUCCCAAAACCAAAGGGGUGGAUAACUUAUUCGCUGAAGCGAAACCGCUGGAUGUUAGUGCGUUCCUACCACCAGGGUAUAAGGCCAGGACUACGCAGAAACCUUUGACGACGGUGGCAGAAAAAGUACCACCGAGUCUUCUACCGCCUGGGUUUAAGUUGAAAGACCUUCCAGCUGGUACUAGAGAGAUAACCACUUCGAGUACCACUAGUACCACUUCCACUACAAGUAAACCGUCAGGCGGUGGUUUCAAAGUGGUGUUCCCUAGUCGACCGGGAGGAGGCACUAGAAAAUCAGCUACCAGAUUAACGACGCCGAAGGCGUCGAAUCCCGAAGAACCUCAAGUAACACCGCCGUCGAUCCAAAAAGGAUGGCCAUCCAGAGCUACGACUGAGUUCACGGGUUGGCCGACCCCAUCAACCACACCGAUUUCGAUCGAGAAACUUUUAGAAGCCGCGAGAGCCGCGUCCACUAGUACCACAGCAACUGACACUACGACGAGUACCACGACGACUACGACCACCACAACGACGACAACCACGACACCUAAACCCACAACUCCGGGAGUGUGUGAAGGCGAGUGUGAUUUAGCUGGUACCAUCAAACUGAUAGGUGGUGCCAAAUGGGUUCCGGAGCUACUAGAUCGGAAUACCCAAGAGUGGCAAAUUUUGGCAAACGAAGUGCAAGUGCAGCUUGAGGACGUUUUCGGUCGUUCGAAUAUGCUGAACAAGUGGUACAAGAAGAUUCGAAUAGACGGGUUUAGCGAAGGGAGUGUUCUGGUUGAUUAUUUAGUGGAACUGAACGAUCUAGGAAGACAAAUCGAUACGCUUGAAAUUAAGAAACUCUUCCACGACUCGCUAGAUGAUGCUUUGAGCAAUCCGGCAUCCACUAGAGAGGCGAAGUCUUUGAACGAAACGACAAAAAUCGAGGGGAAAUUGAGCUUGGGACGGUUUAUAGUUGAUCCGAAGUACACCGACUUUGUUGUACUGCCUAAGCAAGCCUACCCGACAGUGGGCUUCGCCGAAGACAACAUCUUGUUACCACAAUGGGCAAUCGCUGUUAUUGUAAUCGGGCUAGCGUCUCUUCUUUUCGUCAUCAUCUUUGGAGUAACGGUGCUGGUGAACCGCCAAAAGAAUGCCAAGAAGAAGGCUCCGGUUCCUCUGACUGAAGACAUGUUGAACGAAUUGAACAAAAACCAUAUGGGUGGUUUUGACAACUACGGCGCUGAUGACUUGUAUAACAUGGAGGAUGUGUGGAACGACCGCGGGUUUGAACCCAAACUUGCCAAGAAGAGAUCCUCUGGUUCUAUCCACGACAACAGCAUGUCUAAUUUGUACGACAGCUGGCGCUCCGAAUGGAACGGGUUCUACUACAACACCUACUAUGGCAACAACCCCGGAAGUAGCCACGGAGGCUACGGAAGACGCCGCUCCGAUUACGACACAAACUUCUGAACUAACUCAAUUGUUUCGACGAGAUAAACUGCCAAUUCCUUAUCUGUACAGUAAUCUUCCCCUUUCUCCUGCAGUCUAUUCCUGCUCGUGCAACAGGGUUUCAUUGUUUUUGCUCAAUUCCGUUAUUAUUUCCGUCCUAGAAUUUAUUGUACAGAUAUCGAAAGCUUCUAGGUUGUUAGAAGCGUAUAUUUUUGCCAAUUCGCUAGUGAAGGAUGAAUUUAAACGGCUGUAUUACAUUUACGAAGUAAGUGUGACCAGGUUUUUCUAGUCAAGCAGCCUGCUGGCAGUGGCUUUGACACUGUAGUUAAUUGGCUGUGAAUCACCUAUCAAGACUUUAAUACAUCGAUUCAUGACGUAGCGAUGCUUCGAACGCUGAGAUUAUGGAACGUUUUAGUGUUUUUUUUUUUAUAUAAAUAUAUAUAGGAUAUUGAAUGUUGCUUUACUGUUGAAGCACUUUUUCGGAAAAUUACGAAAACUGACCCCUUUUAGGGUGCUGUUUGUGCCAUAACUUUUCACUCAAGGUGUUAAUGAGUACUGGUUGUGUCGCAAACGGUGUCGUACUCAUACGCUAUUUCUACAGUCGCCAUGGCAGUUUUUUUUAACACUAGAGAGUAAAUUAAGUGCGCGUAGGUUUAACGUCGAAUUUGGCGCGCUCGAAAAAUCCAAAAUGGCGACGUGGGAAUGCCCAUUGAUGGUUGAUGUAGAGAGCACACGUUUUCUCUCACCCCCAUUAUAACUAGGUGUAUAUAAAUGUAAAUACCAUCAAGAUGUUAUGUCUAUUUUCCCAUUACAUAGUUUUAACCAUUAAAAUAUUUAAAUUAUUGUAAAUGUAGAUAUUAAACUUGUAUCUAAGGUGUUAAUAAAAGCCACACCCUACUA